AUGGUGCGCAUAUUGUUCGUUCAUCCGGAUCUGGGUAUCGGUGGAGCUGAACGGCUUGUAGUGGAUGCUGCAUUGGCCCUCCAGAGCAAAGGGCACACGGUCAGAUUUCUUACCAACCAUCACGAUCCGGAACAUUGCUUCGACGAGACAAAAGAUGGGCGUUUGCAGGUCAUGACGGUCGGGGACUGGCUGCCAAGAGACAUUUUCGGGAAGUUCUACGCCGUUUGUGCUUACAUCCGGAUGGUCUAUGCUGCAUUCUACUACAGUCUUUUCCUGUCCAAAAAGGAACCGGUGGAUGUGGUGUUUUGCGAUCUCAUUUCGCUCGGGAUACCUAUUUUCCGAUUGGCCAGACCUAAUCCGAAGAUUCUCUUUUACUGCCACUACCCCGAUCAGCUGCUCUCCAAGCCAGGCAACCUACUCAAACAAUGCUAUCGCAUGCCGCUAAACUACCUCGAGGAGGUAACCACGGCCCAAGCUGAUGGUAUUUUGGUAAACAGUAAAUUUACCAGCCGGGUGUUCAAAGAAACAUUCAAACGUAUCUCAACCGACCCGGAUGUGCUGUAUCCAUCGCUGAACACUCGCUUUUUCGAUGAAUCCACCAUGAGCGAAUCGGAUCAGGUGGUCAAGCUACCGAAAGAUGCGUUCGUCUUCCUGUCGAUCAACAGAUAUGAGCGGAAGAAGAAUCUCCCAUUGGCUCUGCAUUCUUUAAAGGCACUUCAGGAACGGUUGUCCCCGAUGGAGUGGAACAAAGUGUGUCUUAUUAUGGCCGGUGGAUACGAUGACCGGGUGCUGGAAAACGUUGAGCACUACGACGAGCUCGAAGAACUAGCAGAAGAUAUGCAGAUUCGACCUAAGGUUCGCCUUCUGAAGUCUCCAACCGAUCGUCAGAAGCUGUAUCUCCUACAUCGCGCUCAAGCACUCAUCUACACUCCAGAGUUCGAACACUUCGGUAUAGUUCCGCUGGAGGGAAUGUACCUUUCGAAGCCUGUCAUCGCGGCCAACAGUGGCGGUCCCACGGAAACAAUCAUCCACGAACAGACCGGGUUCUUAUGUGAGCCCCUCCCAAGCGAUUUUGCCAGUGCCAUGGCCAAGUUGGUGAAAGACGAAAGAUACUGCGAGCGAAUGGGUGAUAUGGGGCGCAAGCGCGUCCAGCAACGAUUCUCGUUCGAGGCUUUCAGCACCAAGCUGGACAAUAUUGUCGUCGAUCUGAUUCAAAACGAUGCAGAGAAGAAAGCCAAAUAGCAUAGGUGGUGUAUGCGCCUGUGCACCUUUCUGAUGGCCCAGGGGAUAUCGCGACAAUUUUACGGCUAUUCGUAAAUAUCCCUAAUACACUACGAAUAGCCACUUAACGGACAACUAGAGGGAGGUAAAUUUGCGUGAGGGGACACGUUUAAAAUUUGGAUAUAUUCGAUCUCUUCAGGCAAAGAAAUAAGGCCGAGACACAGUCCAUGAUAUCUGCACUGAAUUAACCAUAGCAUGUGAAGUAGUCGCUUGUGAUUAGUCAGCUUAUUAGAACAUGUUAGCUCUUUUAGCAUUCUCAAAUAAAGUUUAAUCCACUAGCUUCUGAUAUCAGAAGACACGUAUCAUA